UUUGCAGUCAGCUUGGAGAUGUGGUGAUGCAAUUGUUAGAUGGUAUUGGUGGUGGUGGUGCUGCCAGUGUUGCUGUAACCACCAAAAUCUUGGACUGUUUAGAGAACUUCCGGCGUGAGUCAUGUGGCAUAGAUCCUGCAGUAUACAACAAGUUCAUUACUACUAUGAAGGACACAGUAACAGCAAGGUCAUUGAAUGAAUUUUGGAGUCGUGUCAAAGAAGGUAACAAUGGCCUAAUCUCAAGCAAUGAAAAUAUGAGAAGUAGUGUAAGUACAGAGGAAGCUGAGGCUUUCUGGCAGAUGGAGGACCAGGUGCAGGCACCAGCCCCAAAACCUGAGGCCAGUGAUGACAUGGAAGAUCUGUUGGAUGACCUGUAAACUUCAGAAGUAUGACUCAUUUCUCUUCAGCAAGCCAUUGAAUCAAGCAGAGGAGUUGUCUUCUAUUCCUAAGAAGUUGUAUCCUUCUUUGAUACCAAGAAUUUUGUAUUUUUUUACUAAUUAAGAUGUGUAUGGGAAAAGUAUGUGGAAAUGACUGAGAAAUUCUUUAUUAACUGCAGUAUGGACAAAAGUCAUUGAAUAUAUAUUGUGUAUAGAAGUGUUAUUCUGUCACAUCUGCCUUCAUUUAAUGUUUGGGUUGACUGUAGUAUUUAAUUAUCCUGUUAAUAGAACUGUUCUGAUGUUUUCUUGUUCCUAGAAAUUGGUUUUCUGCACUUCUUAACUAGAUGUUAAAAAAAGAGUACAGAAUUAUAUUUUCUUUUUGUUUACAAUUUUAGAAACACUUCAGUCUGAUUUGGGAGGAAGUUUAGUGAAAAGUUUUGAUGGCAUUAUAGUUAGAAGUGCAACUUUUAAAAAAUUAAAUUGAAAGGGAAAAAGUUAGCUAAAAUGAACACAAGCACAAACACAGUAAAGUUUACACAGAAGUGAGACAAAACAGCCACAGCGAGAACUGAGUUUCUCUUCAGAUGAAUCCAUUUUGGUUAAUUUUUCGUGAAGAGGAAGUGUUCAGAAUUAAUGUUUAUUUUCAGUUCUUACUGUGGCUGUUUUCAUUUUUGUUAGCUAAAGCAUUAAAGAAAUAAGAUAAGUUAGAUAUGUGAUUCUAUUCAGAAUCAGUGAAAAAUAAAACUUUUGUUGAUUCUU